CCCCACGCGCAAUCAAUAACCUCAUCUACAAUAUGUUUCUAUAUGUGUAUAUAUUUAUAUAUAUUAUUCUUCUGCUUCUUUUCUGUACAACAUUCUCUCAUCCCUUUCGAUACAUGCUCUUGCAAAUACAUAUAUAUAACUCUCCUACCUCUCUUUAGACAAACAUUCACCUUCACCUUACUUCAACACACACAUCUCUCUCUCUCGAUCGAUCGAUCCUUUCCCUUAAUCUUAUCUCAGUGCCUGCCUACAGCUAGCAAACUCAAGAGGAAGAUGACAUUAACCCAAAUUCCUGAGAGAUCAUCAGUUGAUAUGGAAUCAUGUGUGCCUCCAGGAUUCAGAUUUCAUCCAACAGAAGAGGAGCUUGUGGGGUACUAUCUCAAGAGGAAGAUAAACUCCCUAAAAAUCGAUCUAGAUGUUAUUGUUGAGAUUGAUCUCUACAAAAUCGAACCCUGGGACAUACAAGAUAGGUGCAAGCUAGGAUAUGAGCAACAGAAUGAGUGGUACUUUUUCAGCCAUAAAGAUAAGAAGUAUCCUACAGGAACAAGAACUAACAGAGCCACUGCUGCUGGAUUCUGGAAAGCAACUGGAAGGGACAAGGCUGUUAUGACCAAAAAUAGAAUCAUAGGGAUGAGAAAGACCUUGGUCUUCUACAAGGGACGUGCCCCUAAUGGAAGGAAAACGGACUGGAUUAUGCAUGAAUAUAGGCAUCAAACCUCUGAACAUGGUCCUCCACAGGAAGAAGGAUGGGUCGUGUGCCGAGCAUUUCGAAAGCCUAGUCCAAGUCACAGGCAAGGUUAUGAAGCAUGGUGCAGUAGUAGUAGCCAUCAACAACACUUUUACAAAGAUCAAAGCUUUGCAAGACCCUUAUCAAUUGCUGAUAUUUUGAAUGAAACAAAUGUGCCUCAUCACCCUGCAGAAGCUCCAAGCUUUAGUCUUCCUUUCAACUCAGAUCAGCAACACUUUAUUCUGCCAAACCAAACUGUCAUGGACAAACAGCUGAUUGAGCUUCCUCAGCUAGAUAGUCCAACUGCAAGUUUUGCAAUGAAGGAGUGUAACCAACAACACCAGAAUGGCCUCAGAAAUGAGGAAUAUUGUAGUGAUGAAAGGAGCAAUAGCAGUGCGCAAGGUAUCGAUUGGAAGAGUUUGGACAACUUGUUCGGGUCACAAUUGAGUGACACAGCUUAUUUUUCACAUCCAAACUUGCCCUUGAUGAUGCCCCAUAAUAACCAUGAUCAAGCUAGUCAUAUCCUAGGAUGCUUCCCUGAUUCAUAGUUAACUUGUGUGUCACCAUAAUCCUCCAUAGUGAAUUAAUGAAUAAAGUCUAAGUAAGAUGAUGGAUAAAUAUUCAUUAUAUCGUAGUUGUCCGUUAUCUUACCAUAAGCUAAUUUAGAAGUUGCUGGAGAUUGAACCUAAAAGCUUUUUAGGUGAUGAUGAUAUUAUAUAUAUUUUUUCGUGAUAAAGGAGAUUCGCUUGAAGAGUGAAUCUCUCCUUUGUUUAGAGUUCAGAAGAUCACAACCUUUUCUUUUUUUUCGUUUUGGGUCCCCAGUUUAACUUUUUAUUGUCCUUACUUGGUUAUGUCACUAUAAAUGUACAUUCUCAAUUGCA